AUGUCACCACACGCCGUGCAAUCGGCCCCAGGGUCGCCGCGCCAGGGUCUAGACUUUAAUAAAUAUGCCGUUACUAGAAACGCCUUUCUACCCGAACAGAACCCGGCUCACGUCUUGUCGGACCCCUACUACGAACCGUGGGAAGCGGUGGCUCGGAAUUUGGCUGAAUUAAUCGACGAGGGCACCAUUCACGAUGCGAUACGCCAAUUGCCGAUCCUGUCGGUCGACAACCUGGUGUCCGAGGCGGAAUGGCGCCGAGCUUACACCAUGCUAGCCUUUUUGACGCACGCCUAUAUUCUGCCUCCAUCAUUAUCAGUUCCAUUCCUUCAAGUAUCUGCUCAUGUUGAGCUGCCGCCUGUGCUGACAUAUGCCGCGGCCAACCUGUGGAACUUUACCUGCGAGGGUGACGAUUUCACCGACCUAGACAAACUCAAGCUGUGCUUCUCAUUUACCGGCACCGAGUCCGAGUCAUGGUUCCUCCUCAUCAGCGUCGCCAUGGAGGCCAAGGCCGCCGGCAUCCUGCAAACCAUGGCCACGGCCCUCGAGGCCGUCAAAGCCCGCGACUACGACGCCGUCACCCGCGGCCUGGAGGCGCUUCGCAACUGCAUCGACAGCGUGUCCCAGCUGCUCGAGCGCAUGUACGAAAAGUGCGACCCCAUGACCUUUUACCACCACAUCCGCCCGUUCCUGGCCGGCAGCCAAAACAUGGCCGCCGCCGGCCUGCCGCGCGGCGUCUUCUACGACGAGGGCGACGGCCGCGGCGAGUGGCGCCAGCUGCGCGGCGGCAGCAACGGCCAGAGCUCGCUGAUCCAGUUCUUUGACGUCGUCCUCGGCAUCGAGCACAGCGGCCACGGCGACAAGAAGCACGCGAGCUACCACGAAGAGGUGCGCGAGUACAUGCCCGGCCCGCACCGCCGCUUCCUCGUGCAGAUUGCGCGCAUGGGCAGCAUCCGGGAGCUGGCCAUGGUCGCGCCGCAGACGGACGCCCAGCAGAGGCUGCGCGAUGCGUACGCGGACGCGACGGCGGCGCUGACGGCGUUUCGCCAAAAGCACAUUUCAAUCGUCACGCGCUACAUUAUCCUCCCGUCCAAGAAGCCGUGGCAGGGCAAGAGGGGCAAGCAGAACCUGGCGAGCUCGUCGUCCACCUCUCAGAGUGACGAUCAGCUGACUGGCACGGGUGGUACGGCGCUGGUGCCGUUCCUCAGAAAGGCCCGGGAUGAGACGACGGAAGCCGGCAAACUGCAACGACGGCUGCAGAGCUAA